CGAGUGCGACUGUGUCGCGUCGUUUACAGUGUUGCAGUGGUGGCAUAGUAAAUAGUAAUAGAUUAGGUAACAACAAUUUAAAUAAUAGUUCAAGUGUAAUAAAUAAUUAUCAAACUUUUGGAUUACGAUGUUCGUUAUUCCCACACAGUGCAAUUGGUGGUUUAAUUGUUCCAACAAACGGGGAAACGGGUGGUUUAAUGAUGCAUGUCUCAUCAAUACCAAAUACUUUAAUGAAAAGUCCGGAUACAUUAUUAGAUAUAACAGCAAAAAUCGUUGCCGAAAAUAUACCAUUUCAACGUAUUGAAGAACGUUAUGAUCGUAUACCAGAGCCAGUGCAACGACGUAUUAUAUAUUGGUCGUUUCCUAGAAAUGAACGUGACAUUUGUAUGUAUUCAUCGUUGUCGCGAGUGCCUCCAGUGAGUUCGAACAGUGGUUCUUCUUCCACAACAACAUCCUCAUCAAGUGCUGGUGGUGUAGGAAAUACAGCAACUAGUUCAUCAUCUGGUCCGGCUUCUGCUGCCGACCAGCAAAAUUUAUCAUUUUGUAAAGGAUUAAAAUUACUUGAAACGGGAUGUGUAGACAGUGUUUUACAAGUUGGUUUUCAUUUAAGUGGCAUUGUAUCAGCGGGUCGAGGUUCAACGUCAGGUUCGGUGUCAUCAUAUCCCACAGAGCCGGACAAAAAAUAUAAGGUGUCCGUCAGUUUCGACAGGUGUAAAAUAACAUCGGUAACAUGCAGCUGCGAUACAAAAGACAUUUUUUGGUGUCAACAUGUAGUGGCGCUCUCCUUGUACCGGAUCCGCAACGCAGAGAGCGUACAAUUAAGGGUCCCCAUCUCAGAAACGCUGUUACAAAUGGACCGACAGCAACUUCAAAAAUUUGUACAGUAUUUGAUCUCAGAACACCAUACGGAGGUGUUACCCACUGCACAGAAGUUAGCUGAUGAAAUUCUACAACAGCGAUCUGAGAUAAAUCAAAUACCUGGUGCACCAGAUCCAACAGCUGGCGCCAGUGCUGAUGAUGAGCAUACAUGGCAUCUUGAUGAAGAACAAGUAUGCGAACAAGUCAAAUCCUACCUCUCACAAGGCAGCUAUUAUCAUGCCAACAAACAACUUAAUUCAUUAUUUUCAAAGGUACGUGAAAUGUUGAGAGCGCAGGAUUCAAAUGGAGCACGUAUGUUAACUUUAAUUACGGAACAGUUCCUGUCAGACCCCAGACUACAAAUGUGGAAAAGUCAGGGUACACCAAUGACUGAUAAAUGUCGACAAUUAUGGGAUCAACUUGGAACAUUAUGGGUGUGUAUUGUUCUAAAUCCACAAUGUACACAAGCUGAAAAACAACAUUGGAAAAAUUUAUUAGAAAAAUGGACAACAAUUGAUGUAUGUCCACAAGAAGAUCCUGAUUUUCGACCGCAAAUGCAUUCAUUACGAGAUUCUUAUCAUAAUCGUGAUCAACGUGACCGCGAACGGGAUCGUGAUAGAGCACGCGAACGUGAAAGAGAGCGUGAAAGACAGCAUGAACGUGAUCGUAGAUCAUCUGAUUCAUCGGAUAGUUCAGAUGAUGAAAGUCCCGAAAAUAAUUAUAAUCCAAGGAAUGCAAAACGUAUGCGAAUGUCAAAUCAUUCACAACAAAAUCGAGCGGGUACAUCGACAAUGCCACGGACUAUAUUUCAUAGGGCAUUAGAUGCAGUCAGUGUGUCGUGGGACAAUCUACAUUUAAAACAAAUACUUUCUAGUGAUACAUAUUGUUCUCAUGUGCCAGAUAGUUCUAGUUCUGGAAGUUUUAAUGGUUUAGGACAACCACUUUGGGAAGAAUUUGGAACGUUUGCAGAACCUUUACCAUUAUGUGCCGCACGAGUUGAUUCAUUAAGGUCACAUGGUCAUCAAGAAGCUGCACUGCGUCUUGCUGUUGCCGUUGUACGAACAAUGAAACAACAACAAUUAAAUGCACAACGUAAAUGGCAUGAUAGCCAACUUGCACAACUUGCAGCGGCUAGUACAAGUAAAUCGUCAAUGUCUACGCCAACGCAGUGCACAUCACGAUGUACAGGCUCUGGUGCCUGUUCAUCAUCAUCGUCAAGUUCCUCUUCUUCAACGCCAUCAACUUCAGCAGGUUCAUCGUCUGUACCACCAGUUACGGAUGGUUGGGUUGGACAUCCAUUAGAUCCAAUUGGAUGUUUGUUUGAUACGCUUGCUGAAGCAUCAAUUGUACCUGAUGAUCAAAUUCCAAGAACUGUUUCAUAUUUUGAUCCUGUAGGAUUAGACGAAACGCAUAGUAAUUUUCUACCAAGAUAUCAACAUGUCUCAGUAGUAGGAUCAAGGGAUCGUUCCGAAACAUAUCUAACAUUAGCUUUUGAAGUUGCUCUUAUAGGAUUAGGACAACAAAGAAUAAUGCCUGUGGGUUUAUAUGCUCAGGAAAAAGCAUGUAAGCAAGAAGAUCGACUGAUAGCAAAAUUACAAGAAAUGGAAUUAGAUAAUUGUUUAGUUGCUGUAUUAAGACGGCAAGCAAUUGUUUUAUUAGAAGGUGGUCCAAGUAGUGGUUUAGGUACUGGAAUUCAUCCAGAAAGUAUACCAAUGCAUACAUUUGCACGGUUUCUAUUCUUAGCAUUAUUGAAUUAUUAUCCAGAUUUAGCGUAUGAAGUCGGUUUACGUGCAAUGAGAUUACCUAUAUUAGAAGAACACGACGAUGUUGAUGAUGCAUUAGGUCGUAAUUCAUCAUCGUCACAUAUAUUAAGUCGAUAUCCACGAUGGUUUACAUUAGGUCAUAUAGAAACCCAACAAUGUGCUCUUUCCAGUACAAUGUUGAGUGCGGCGAAAGGUGAUGUUAUUCGAUUACGUACAGUAUUGGAAUCAUCACAAAAACAUAUACAUAGUUCAUCACAUUUAUUUAAACUUGCCCAAGAUGCAUUUCGUUUUGCUACACCAGAAAAUGGACCCCGGCAUCCAACCUUAUUAAGUGUCGCUUUUGAGCUAGGAUUACAGGUAAUGCGAAUGACCUUAUCAUCAUUAAAUUGGCGUCGACGUGAAAUGGUGCGAUGGUUAGUAACAUGCGCAACAGAGGUGGGUGUUGAAGCACUUGUCUCGAUCAUGCAAAACUGGUAUCAAUUAUUUACACCUACGGAAGCAACGGGUCCAGUUGCAACAACAAUAAUGUCACAUAGUACAAUAAUGCGAUUAAAUUUAUCAUUUGCUCAGCAAGAAGAAUUAUCUGGAUGCGCAAGAACAUUAGCAUUACAAUGUGCCACUAAGGAUCCACCAAAUUGUGCCUUGAAUGCGUUAACAUUAUGUGAGAAUGAGGCGCUAGCAUUUGAAACAGCCUAUCAAAUUGUUAUUGAUGCUGCCUCUCAUAUUAUGACAUCAUCACAAUUAUUUACAAUUGCACGGUAUAUGGAACAUAGAGGUUAUCCCACACGUGCUUAUAAAUUAGCCAUGUUGGCAAUGAAAAAUGUACAUUUGGCAUAUAAUCAGGAUACACAUCCAGCAAUCAAUGAUAUUCAUUGGGCAUGUGCACUUAGUCAUUCAUUGGGUAAACAUGAAUUAACGAAUAUGAUACCGUUACUUGUGAAGAACGUUCAAUGUGCAACGGUAUUAUCAGAUAUAUUGCGUCGUUGUUCGAUGACAGCUCCAGGUAUGUCAUGUCCACAUCCACCACCAGGCGCAGCACCACUUGAAACUGGUAGUAAACAUCAUGGACCGCCACAUCGGCGUACUGGGUGUACUGGUAGCAUUAAACCAUUAUCAUAUGAUCGACCUCCACUUCGACAAUUAUUAGAGGCAGCCAUCGCUGCUUACAUCAACACAACACAUUCACGUUUAACACAUAUAUCGCCACGGCAUUACGGUGAUUUUAUAGACUUUUUGAGUAAAGCUAGGGACACAUUUAUAAUGGCACAUGAUGGACAUGCGCAAUUUACACAAUUAGUGGAAAAUAUGAAAGUGGCAUAUAAAGGGAAAAAGAAAUUAAUGUUUUUAGUUAAAGAACGAUUUGGCUGAUGUAAUAAUAAUUAUCGGUUCGAUAAACGUGGUGUACAUUCCCAAUUGCGUCUUUGGAAGUGCUUAUAAAUAAAAA